AUGGAUUUAGGACGCGUAAAAUCUUCAAGCUCUGUUGACGAAGGGCAAUUGUCCAACAAUAAACAAUCAAGCCAUCAGAACCCAUUUGAAACUCCUUUGGAAUUCGAAGCAGUCGAAAAAUCAUCAAAAAAGUCGAGUGAAAUUGCAAAUGUUGAUCAGGGAGUUAUUAACCCCGAGCUUUCCUUAUCCGGUCAUCAUGGCUUUAAUGAUACGGUGGAAUGUCAACCUGUAGGUAAACGUAUCUGGGUCCUUGCCGCAGCUGCAGGUAUUGGAGGACUUCUCUUCGGUUAUGACACAGGUGUUAUUUCUGGUGCUCUAGUCGUUAUGGGAGAUAGUUUAGGGAAAACCUUGACUGAUGGGGAUAAAGAAUACAUCACAUCAUCAACGUCACUAGGAGCCCUCAUCGGUGGUAUCACCGCCGGUGCGCUUGCUGACUUUCUAGGUAGAAGGCCAGUCAUUGCUAUAACUAGUGUUUUUGUCAUCGUUGGCUCUAUCGUGCAGGCCACUGCUCAUACUUUAUGGCAUAUGAUUGCUGGUCGUUUCAUUAUAGGUAUUGGCGUCGGUGUAGCUUCUCUUAUUGUACCUCUGUAUCUUAGUGAACUAGCACCAUCCAAAAUCCGUGGUCGCCUUGUGAUUGUCUAUGUAUUUCUAAUCACUCUCGGUCAGGUUAUAGCGUAUGGUAUCGAUACUGCAUUUGAACAUGUUAUUAAUGGUUGGCGUUGGAUGGUGGGCCUUGCUAUUGUCCCAGCUUUUAUUCAAGCGGUUAUAUUAGUCUGGCUUCCUGAGUCUCCUCGCCUUUUGAUCAAAAAAGAUAAAGCUAAAAAAGCCUUCAAGACCUUAGCAAGUAUUUAUCCAACAGCUCAUCCAUAUGAGAUUGAAACCAAACUUCAUAUUAUUCAGGAAGGUGUCCGUGAUCCUUUUACUGGUACUAGAUUCCAGAAAGUUAUGAAAACAUUCAAAGAGCUUUACUUCGUACCUUCCAAUUUUCGAGCUCUUGUCCUUGCUUGUGGCUUACAAGCAUUACAACAGCUUUCUGGCUUUAACUCUCUCAUGUACUUUUCAAGUACUAUCUUCCAAACAGUUGGGUUUGACAAUCCAACUGCAACUGGUCUUAUUAUAGCUGGAACCAAUUUUGUUUUUACCAUUGCUGCUUUCACAGUGAUUGAUCGCUUUGGCCGUCGCAUAUUAUUGUUAGUUACUCUUUUGGGCAUGAUCGGUGCACUCAUUGUGUGUGCUGUCGCUUUUCAUUUUUUACCAAAAGACGAAAAUGGAAACAUUAAGGCAGGACAGGGAAAUCCAUGGGCUAUUGUUGUUUUAAUUUCUAUGAUUUUUUAUGUUGCAUCGUAUGCUUCAGGUCUUGGUAAUCUUCCUUGGCAACAGUCGGAAUUAUUUCCAAUGUCUGUUCGUGGGUUAGGUACAGGUAUGGCUACUGCUAUAAAUUGGGCAAGUAAUCUGGCUAUCGGAGCUACAUUUUUGACUUUAAUGAGGGAAAUAACUCCUACAGGUACGUUUGCAUUAUAUGGUGGUCUUUGUGCUGGCGGCUGGGUUAUGUCAUAUUUUUGCUAUCCAGAAUUUGCUGAUUAUACAAUUGAAGAAAUCGGUAUUCUGCUGAAAGACGGAUUUGGUGUUAAAGAAAGUAUGGAGCAUCUACGAAGAGUUCGCCAGGAACGUGCUUGGUCUCAGGAGGACGAUCAAUCGAAAGCCUAG